CCUGCAAGCAGCAGUCAUUGACAACUGCUGAAACGAGUAGAGAUGAUGAGUGACAGUGAGUUUGACUGCGUGGUUAUUGGAGCUGGCGUGCAGGGCUCCUUCACAGCAUACCAACUGGCCAAAAGAAAGAAGAAAACUCUUCUGCUGGAACAGUUUGUCCUUCCCCAUUCCCGAGGUAGCUCCCAUGGCCAAACUCGUAUUAUCCGCAAAGCCUACGAGGAGGACUUCUACGUAAGGAUGAUGGAGGAAUCCUACAAGCUGUGGACUCAGAUGGAGAAGGAGGCAGGGGUCAAGUUGUACAGGCAAACAGGACUCCUGGUUAUGGGACCAGAGAAUAAUGAAAAUUACCAAAUCCGUAAGAAGACGCUGCUGAAGAACAAUGUUCCAAUGGAACAACUGACCCCGGAAAACUUUGGUCAGCAUUUCCCAAAUGUCAGCCUGGCUAAAGGUCAUGCAGCAUUUGUGGAAUUAACUGCUGGAGUACUGUAUGCUGACCGCACACUCAAAGCUGUACAGGGGCAGUUUCAGAAGUUAGGUGGAGUCAUUAGAGACAAUGAAAAGGUGACAAACAUCAAGCCUGGCUCGCUGGUCACAGUUUCAACCUCUAAUGGUGUUUAUAGAACCAAAAGACUGGUCAUAGCAGCUGGACCCUGGACUAAUAAACUGCUGGUGGACACUGGAAUACAGCUGCCACUAGAGGUGGUCAGGAUUAAUGUUUGCUACUGGAGAGAGAAGGUUCAAGGGUCAUAUGACGUAAAGCAAAGCUUUCCUUGCUUUCUACAAACUGAAGGUGAGGAGUCCAGUGACCACAUCUAUGGUCUGCCAGCCAAUGAGUAUCCAGGGAUGGUGAAGAUAUGUCUGCAUGCAGGCAGCAACACUGACCCGGACCAAAGAGACCAGCAAACAGACAGGUCCGACAUAGAAACCCUGCAGCGUUUUGUCAGCCGCCGUUUCCCUGGUCUGUUCUCUGAGCCUGCAGUUGUGGAAAGCUGCUUGUACACGGUUACCCCUGACGACCAUUUUGUGCUGGACCACCAUCCUGCUUAUCGCAACAUUGUCAUUGGGGCAGGAUUCUCAGGUCAUGGCUUCAAGUUUGGACCCGUUGUUGGCCAGAUUCUUUGCGACCUUAGUCUUGGAGAGGUGCCCUCCUUUGACCUUUCACCUUUCAGAAUUAGACGUUUCCAAGCAAAGAACAAAUCAUUAUUAUAGACUGACAAAUGUUUGGCUUGAAAGGCAUUACCUAAAACAUGUUCUCAUGCAUGAUUCAGAUUGUAAUAAAAAUCAGUAAUAAGUAUUUUGUAUCAUUAGUAAAAUUGAAUUUAAAAAGAAAAUACAGCUUAGGAUCUACCAGCCGAAACAAACUUGAUUCAGCUCAUAUUUUUUCAGUGUUAGACAACUUUUCUUGGUUCAUUUUGGGUGAGAUGUAGGCCAAUAAAUCUCUUAAAGCUGAAAAAAUUGCUUUGCAAUGCAAAUUUUAUGAAUCUACCUAAAAUUAUCAGUGGUAAAACUACUUGUAAAAUCUCAUUGAUCUUGAUCGAAUUAAACUUGUUUUAAGAAAA